AACGAGGUCGUCUCCUCGCGCUACGUUUGCUAGCUACCGCGUAGGCCUAGUACGCUGCAGAGCUAGAAUCCAGAUGCCGAUCAGGGGGUUUCGUCUCCUCAAGCGACCGCCGAUCCUCCUUCAUCCACCUGGAGGCAGGGCGUUUACCUGGGUAACCUAGGCACUAUCUACGUCCAGCGCUGCACCUUAGGCACAGGGCCUUCAUCACUUCAUGGAAGAUUGAUUCUCUGAUCGCUAGCUGAGCACUUGUGUGGAGGAGAUCCGACGCAUGCAACGUUCAUUACCCGGGUACAUCAUUGCUGAUGUCAAAGUUCGACUCUAGUCGAGAUAUUGCAUGGGUUUCAGCUGCUACGAGGUCUUGAGAGUUCGCCGGCUAGGGAUCAGCUGAUUGUCGCUGGCUAGGGAUCAGUAUAAUCAGCGAUGUGAAUUCAAGGGGUGGUUGCUGUAACUAGAGCUCUUGAUCUCUUGAGCUCUUGAUCUUUUCCUAGAGAAGGACCCGAUCCGGGGUGCACCGUGCCAUUGUUCUUCCUGACGGAAAAAUAGUGCCAGCUGGCAGGAUGCAAGAGCUUGCUGGUUUGGUCUUUCCAUCAGGUAGUACUACUACUAGUAGACUACUUGAGUUUUGAUCUCUCAGCAAAGCCUUGGAAGGCUUUCCUGAUGCAAAUAUCCCCACCCUUGAUCAAUUAUAGUUGAAGAAAGGAGCUUAUUUACCAUUGGCUGGCGGCAUUGCCAAACCUGCAGCAGAGCUCCAGGGGUUCUUGCAAGUGGUGCAGACAGCAUUGCUAAGAGCUGCCCCUAUUCAUAUCUAAACAGUCACAGGCAAAGCUAGAUCACCACAUUGCAGCCCUGGGGGCUUGAAAGGUGCUACUUUUGAGCGGCACUCCAACUCUCAAGAUGAAACAGCUGAAAACAGCCAAGAUCCUAAACGACACGGGUUGCUACGUCUAUUUUGAGGAUUACAUUGUGCGGCCUAACGACGCCAUGGUUAUAAAGAGGACGGAUGACGGCUCAAGGCAAUACUCAGUGUCAUUGAUCUACGGGGAUGAACAGCCGGACGGGAGCCUGCGCAACCUCCAAUUGGGUGACCAUCUAGUCACCUUCAAUGAUGAUGCCGUCUUGGUGCCGGGGUCAAAGUGGUACUUGACAAUGGAUGGAUUGCUCGACGAGAGAGCGGCCCAAGACUCACCGACAGGCAGUGGGUCUAGCCCAACUUCGAACCACGGGGGGCUUGCCAAUAAAUGGAAAGGCCGGUUGAUGUCCUUAAUAAAGCACUGAUGAUCAAGAAAGCACAGAUGAUCUUUGGUAAGACAAUCUUGGGGACGAAGCUGUCCUGACAGUUUUGUAACAACUACUAAUAAUAGAUAGUGUUAAUAUAGAUACGCCCUGCGGGGCUGUAGUUCAAUGCAAAGCCGCUGGUGCGAGACCAUUUUUAUUUUCUUGUGGGCUUCGGGUGCUUUGUAAAGGCAAGUGUUGCAAAACAGAUGAGAAGUGGCAGUCAAUGAUGAUAAAAUUUACGGAUUCUUGAGCAGCAAAUCAGGCCUUGUGAUAUCUCAGGUUGAUUCCUUCCCCAGAACAAUAGCCAAGGGAGUCAAUGGUUGAACAAAACCUCCGUACAAAGUCAGGACAAUCUUGCUCUCAAAUUUUGAAACCCUUACUGGUAGGCCUUGUUUCAUGGCUAGUUGGAUAAUGCAUAGCUCGAGUUCUGGCUAGGUUAAGCUUUAAGCGUUUGGCUCAUUUGGCAGGAUUCAUUCAAAGCCGCAACUUUCGACGAUCUUUGAAUGAACCAAUCCAGGUGUGCAGGUUAGUGUGUGAGUCUGUUAAACGGUUCUGGUAGGUGCAAUGCUUUUUCAAACAUUGGGCAAUAGCCUCUUGCCAACCUAGACUCGUCAACAACUUGGUGAACAUGGACAGGGCGCGCCGCGGCUUGACAAACUGAAAGCAUCGUUGGCUGUUGUUCCUUGUAAAGAUUACUGAGGUUGUCAACAAUGGUCGUCAGGUGGCCGGACUUUUUGUAGUUGGCUUCUUCUGAAAGCAUGCCGGCA